GGCCAUGUGGUCGAAGCUAGCGCUCGCAUCCCCCUCACGUGGGCUCAAACGGGACAGGUUGCGAUUUUAUAUGGGGACUUCCAAGGUCAAGUUAGAAAUUAAGAGGACUUUCGCUCUUGCUAUUCAUUAGAAACUUUGACUCAUGCGGGCUAAUUGUCGGCACCAGAACGGAAUCACUCACGCCUUCGUGCCACGAUUUUACUCGAAUGGAGAUCGGGAUCACUAUGUAGGCAGUGAUCCGGCCCACCAAGCCUUCCAGCAAGCCGCUGGUGCAGUCCUCGAGAAGACAGUAGUUGUCAACUCCCAGAACAGCCUCUUCACCAAGGCAGAAGAGUGUCAGCUCAGUUGAUGGAUCUUGUAUAUUCCACCCAUUGAAAACUUGUAAUGGCCAUAAAAUCAAAUUCCGGUUGCUUCGCCUGCAUCCCUUCAGUCAGAAACCCCCGCUCGAUCAGGCGACGAGCCCUAUCACAGUCUGUCAUGUAGCUUGUAGUCUAGUCCACCACAGAAGCAUAGCUUUGCCACUGCGAACGCCUCACCAAGUAAAGUUUCUAACGCUU